AGGUGUUUGGUGGAGAUGAUGUGCAGUUUCUUUGUUGCAUCUUGGACUGGGGUUGUCAAGUACCAUGGCCCUAGGCCUAGCAGGCGACCAAAACAGGUUUUUGUGGCCAACCAUACUUCCAUGAUUGAUUUCAUUAUCUUAGAACAGAUGACUGCUUUUGCUGUUAUCAUGCAGAAGCAUCCUGGAUGGGUUGGACUAUUGCAGAGUACCAUUUUGGAGAGUGUAGGAUGUAUCUGGUUCAAUCGUACAGAGGCAAAGGAUCGAGAAAUUGUGGCAAGGAAAUUGAGGGAACAUGUCCAAGGAGCUGACAACAACCCUCUUCUCAUAUUUCCUGAAGGAACUUGUGUAAAUAAUCACUAUACGGUCAUGUUCAAGAAGGGUGCAUUUGAACUUGGCUGCACAGUUUGCCCAGUUGCAAUCAAGUACAAUAAAAUUUUUGUAGAUGCUUUUUGGAAUAGUCGAAAGCAAUCAUUCACUACGCAUCUGUUGCAGCUAAUGACAUCUUGGGCAGUUGUCUGUGAUGUUUGGUACUUGGAGCCACAAAAUCUGAAACCAGGAGAGACACCCAUUGAGUUUGCAGAGAGGGUGAGAGAGAUAAUCUCACAUCGUGCUGGCCUUAAAAUGGUUCCUUGGGACGGAUAUCUGAAGUAUACUCGUCCUAGCCCAAAGCAUAGAGAAAGAAAGCAACAGAACUUUGCCGAGUCAGUGCUGCGGCGUUUGGAGGAAAAGUGACGCGUACCUUUUGCUUAUUUUUCUUAGUUAUGUCAUUCUCCAACCUUUCUUUCUUUUCUUCUCUUUUGUAGUUUUAUUUUUCAUGCUACUAGUUACAUUUGUAUUUAUUCAGAUUUACAUACAUCACUCUAACAAAGUU